AUGUGGAAGAACAACAAUAACAUGAACGAAACUUCAAGUUCCGAGGCUGGUACGGGUGCUCAAAAUGCAAAAAGCGCAGGAUCAAGAUCCGAAGCAGACUAUGGGAUUGGUAGUCCUUCAAAUUCUGAUCAUUCGCCUGCAAUUUCCGGAAGUCCACUGUCAUCAAUAUCAAGCCUCGCUUCAUCUCAACUGCUACUCGCCCCCUCGAGACAGGACCAAGGGAUUGAUUCCGCCUUGCUAUUAGAGGCAGCACAGACGCUUGCGCCUAUAGAUUUCGAGCUAUUUCAGCACUACCUCGAACAUACCAGCAAGGAUCUGACCGUUGGUGCUGAAGAGCAGCAUACUCUGCAGAUCGGCAUUCCAAACUUAGCCUGUAAGAGUCAGCCUCUCAUGAAAUCCGUACUGGCACUAUCGGCAAUAUGUCGAUGUCUUGAUAUCAUCAAUCAGCCCUCAGCAUCACAUCAAGACCGCAGCCAAGUGAUUGAGCUUCUGUCACUUGCAAACGGAUAUCACAUGGAAUCAGUACGAGAGAUUCAGGCCACACUUCCCCAGACCAAGCACUAUGACUAUAUUUUAGCUAAUGCGGCGAUGAUGGGAAUGUACGGUUCGGGUAGCCACUGUGCACGCAUCUGGUUGGCUAAAACGGCAACAUUAAAUGAACAGCUGCAGGAAGAUUUGAUGCCCCGGCACUCGCAGUGGAUUAGACUCUUUCGCGCUGUUCAUGUGGCUUACGACGGACUCCUCAAAGACACUCAGUCCACGGAACAUACAGUACGGUCUAGUGGAGAUCAUUCGCCCGAUCACCUUACGGCGAGGAGCGGUUCCCAAAUACAAUACGAAUAUCAGUUUUCAUCUCGGGUAGAGCAGCACAGAAACCCAAUCAAUCAUGCAUUGUAUCCAAUCAUGGAUGCUACGGUAGGCCCAGCACUGAAAAAGUUGCGCAAAAGGGCCAGGGAGCUGGCCGUUCUUGAAGCAUGCAACGGAAUGGGUGGUCGCGAUAGCUUGACAACGACACCUAUCCACGGCAAUGCUGACAUCGCGGCAUGUUUUGUUGCCUUGAGGAUCUUGAACAAUAUUGUCGCAGAGACCUUUCCUACUCACGAGUUGAUUCGUAGCACACCACUCGAUUUCGACGUCGAUGUAGACCCGGUAGGACAAUUGUCAGAAGUUUCCUCCUGGUUGCGGAGAUAUACAGCCAGCAUAACAUCCACGGUGCCCUCGCCUCUUCCUCGAAGAUUCAUCAUGGCAUUCGUCCACAGAGUUCCAACCAAAUACCUAAACCUAGUUGAAGAGAUGCACAGCAUCAUUCAGACGGAUGCAUCGGAUGGUGACCAGAUAACCUGGACGUCGGAGCCUAGUAUAGCGCACCAGCUUGCUGUUGGAAUAUUCGCCCACUGGCUUGUUCUGGUUAUGCUGCUGGAUGGUGUGUGGUGGAUUGGUGACCUUGGAGCUUGGGAGCUUGAACAGAUUGUGACCUUUAGAAACGAUGCACGAUGGCCGAUGCCUUUGUGGAAUAGGGAUGAGGACUGGUGGCCGGACAGCAUGUUUGAAAUCAGCCGACAUUUUGAAAAGUACAGAACGAAGACGGUAGAUACAAGUUGA